AUGUCAGGGGGGCAUGGGGUCGGCCUUGCGAAUCAGUUGCUUGCUACUCUUAAUACGAAUGAAGAAAAAACAAUGUUUCUGGAGGCUAUCCUUCAAAACAUUUUAAGUUCUCACGAUCUGGAAGUGGUAAGAAAGACUCGACAGCCUAAGAAACGUGUGAACCCUGCCCCUCAAGGGCUACUUGGAUUUGGUAUGUCAACUAUUCUUGCUAGCGCCCAUAAUGCUGACCUAUUUGAACUGAGUUCGGUUGUUCCUGCGAUGGGGCUGGUAAUGGGUGGUGGGAUGCAGCUUCUUGUUGGACUUUUGGAAUACUUCAAUGGAAACGCAUUUGCGGCAACCUCCUUCAUGUGUUAUGGCGCUUUUUGGCUUUCUCUCGUAGGAGUAUGGCUCCUUCCACAAACCGAGAACGACGUGCAUGUGAUGAAAACAGUCGAAACAUUUAUGGGCUUAUAUUUAUUGCUAUGGGGGUUGUUUACCAUAUGUAUGGCUUCUGUCACAUUUUUUAGCUCGCAUCGCAUGGUGCAGUUUCUCAUGUCUUCGCUGGCUCUCGGGAUUUUUCUUCUUUCUGCUGGCGAAUUUUCCAGAUGUAAAAUUGUAAAACAGGCAGGCGGUAUGUGGGAUUUGUUUCUGGAUUGA